AUGGCUCGAUCUCAAACAUUCCAAAAGAUAGUGAUCGCGUCGACGCUUCUCCUAUUGUUAAUCUGUCUUUGGUCAUCACUGCCGUCAGAUUAUAGCCCAGAAUUACGAUCGGACCAGGCAAAUCGCGAGGGCAUAAGCGAAGCUAUAGAGAGUGAGGAAUCCCUCGAUGCUGUGCGCUUGCACGGCUUCUGCAACCAAGGGGCUCCUGCGACUGCAGGAUGCGGUCCGCUCGAAUGCAACGGGACUAUAGGUGUUCAACGGAGUUUCCAUCUAUACGACAACAUCACCGCCGUUGCAGAGACUCUCCAGUCUCAUCCCAUGAUAGAGGACGACGCAAAAGACAUAGGACCAUCUUACGAGGAAUGGGUCAGCUCUAAGUGGGCCCGACUCGCAGGCUCAAUCGUCUGGCUUCCUGAGCAGGGCGUGUAUCUUGCCAUCACCCGCGUGGUCUACUCGCCAUCCGGCAUACUGCACUGGCCGACUAUGAGCUUUCUCAGGGCGCAGGUCUUCGACGAGGAGUGGAAAGAACUAGAAGGCUACACUCUCAACUGGAACGGCAAUGAUAUGUCCUUCCCAGCAACUCUGGACAUCCCGACGCCAUGGGAGAAAGGCGGCGGGUUCUUCGGCCCCGAGGACCCCCGAGUGAUUCUGGAAGAGAACGCUCCCGGCGCAGAGCCGGUGGUAGUCUUCAAUAUGAGAAUCCAAGCCGAGGGCUGGCCGCGUGCAAUGUACAUACACCGACCGUUCUCCCGUUUCACAACGGUGUUGACCAUCCAGAACGAAGACAGGGCUAUAGCCGAGAAGAACUGGGCCCCGUUCUUCCUGCCAGACAGCCAUUCCACAGCCCCCGUUGAGCCGGGCCGCUACCUGCACUUCGUCUACAGCAUGAAACCCCUAUGCGUGCUCCGCUGCAGCCUCCUCAGCGGCGACUGCGACUGGGUUUUCAAACAGGAAUUCCCCGCUACUCUACCCGAAGGCCGCCACAUCGACGGCAACAUGCGCGGCGGCACCAACUUCGUUCCCCUGCCUUCCAGCACAUCUGCACUGCGUCUCUAUGCCAGUUUCCCGCGAACGCAUAUCCACGGCGUCUGCGUAGACAACGCAAUCUACCGCCCGGAGCUGGUGGUUCUUACUGUCGCAGAUGGCCCGGGGUUUUCCAUAGCGUAUGCGAGUGGGCCGGUUGAUUUUGGUUCUGCGGUUCUCGACGAGACGGCCCGGAGCAACCCCUGUGCGGAGGGGCAUAUUCUCAUCGCCAAUAGUAUUCCGCGCUGGGAGCGCCAACACGGCUCUGAUGUAAUGACGCUGUCUCUGAGUGUCGCGGAUCGGACGGUGCAGAUUGUCCAUUUAUAUGGCGUCAUGGAGUUUCUGGAUGGGUUGCCGUUUUUGGAGGCGUAUGAGCGCAAUGCUGCCGAUGUGGAGAGUGAAUUAGGUUCACCGUGGUCUGUGUCAGGUUACCAGGCCAUUAUUUGCUCGAUAGAGGCUGCAGCGAAUGUGCAGGUGUGA